AUGUUCCCAAUUUCGCCUGAAUUUCGAUAUUUUCCCGAAUGUCGUUUGGAAUGGGUUGUUCAAUUUUGGGAUGAAACCUUCACUUUGGGUUUAAGAAAUGAACCAAAAUUUUGGGAUGAAAAUUUACUUGGGUUUAAGAAAUGUCCCUCUUGCAGUGGAGAUAUUCAUGCCGACAGCUUGCCUGCAAGAAUGGGGUGGGGAGAUAUUUACAGAAGACGAGUUAGAGUAUUUACAAUGGCCAUAGUAAUAUACCUAGAUUAUAAGGGUAUACAACAACGAGAUAAAUGGACUAGCAAAUCUAAACAAGAUGCAUUGUGGGAGAAGGCUCACGAGCGUAAUGCUAAGCGUGUUCUAAAUUUGAUAAUAGAGAUGGAAGGCCUAUGGGUUAAACUUGGGCAAUACAUGUCAACCCGGGCAGAUGUGCUUCCUGCUGCUUAUAUACGUCUUUUGAAGCAGUUACAAGACUCUCUUCCUCCUCGACCCUUAGAAGAGGUCUAUGGCACCAUACAGAAAGAGUUGGGGAAAUCAAUGGAUGAGUUAUUUGCUGAUUUUGUCAACGAACCUUUGGCGACGGCAUCAAUAGCACAAGUGCAUCGUGCGACUCUGCUCAAUGGACAGGAAGUGGUAGUUAAAGUUCAACAUGAUGGUAUCAAGACAGUUAUACUGGAGGACUUAAAAAAUGCAAAGUCAAUUGUUGACUGGAUUGCAUGGGCUGAGCCACGAUAUAACUUUAACCCUAUGAUUGAUGAAUGGUGCAAAGAAGCUCCUAAGGAACUUGACUUCAAUCAUGAAGCUGGGGGUGAUGGUGGUGAAAACACUAGAACGGUGGCUAAAAAUCUUGGUUGCAGAAACCGAUAUGAUGGAAAUAUGAGUGGCAAUAGAGUGGAUGUUUUGAUACCAGAUGUAAUUCAGUCUACAGAAAAAGUCCUUGUUUUGGAGUACAUGGAUGGCAUUCGGUUGAAUGAUUUAGAAUCACUAGAAGCUUUUGGAGUAAAUAAACAAAAGCUUGUUGAGGAGAUUACUCGUGCCUAUGCCCACCAAAUAUAUGUUGAUGGGUUUUUCAAUGGUGAUCCACAUCCAGGAAAUUUUCUUGUGAGCAAGGAAUCUCCUCAUCGUCCCAUUUUACUUGACUUUGGGCUUACAAAGAAACUAUCAAGCACCAUAAAGCAAGCACUUGCGAAGAUGUUUUUGGCAUCUGCUGAGGGCGACCAUGUGGCCCUUCUAUCUGCAUUUGCAGAAAUGGGGCUUAAGUUGCGACUGGACAUACCAGAGCAGGCAAUGGAAGUAACUACUGUAUUCUUUCGUGCCACAACACCGGCAAAUGAAUACCAUAAAACAAUGAAAUCCCUAUCCGACCAAAGGGAUAGAAAUAUGAAGGUUAUACAGCAGAAAAUGAACCUUGACAAAAAGGAAAUGAAACGCUUUAAUCCUGUUGAUGCAUUUCCUGGUGAUAUUGUAAUAUUUGGAAGAGUUCUUAAUCUUCUAAGAGGUCUGCUGUUUUCCACUAUGAUACCAUUGUAUAUUAGUCGAGGACCAUCAGUAAAUGACAGAUGGAUUUUUGAUUCACCAGUUCAUUCUGAUGUAGAAUCCAAACUGAGGCAGCUUUUAAUUGAGAUGGGAAAUAAAGAUAAAAUACUUGGAAUCCAGGUAUGUGCCUACAAAGAUGGAGAGGUCAUUAUUGACACCGCUGCAGGAGUGCUUGGUAAAUAUGAUCCACGUCCGGUUAAGCCUGAUAGUCUUUUUCCCGUGUUCUCUGUUACAAAGGGUAUCACAGCAGGAAUGAUACAUUGGAUGGUUGACAAAGGACAACUAAAGCUAGAAGAGAAUGUAGCAAAUAUAUGGCCAGCAUUUGGAUCAAAUGGGAAGGAUGUCAUUAAGGUUCAUCAUGUGCUGAACCAUACAUCUGGUUUGCACAAUGCAAUGGGAGACAUAGCUCAAGAAAACCCUCUUCUAAUGUUUGAUUGGGAUGGAUGUUUAAAUUGCAUUAGUCAGUCAGUACCUGAGACUGAACCAGGCAAGGAGCAGUUUUAUCAUUAUUUAUCAUUUGGCUGGUUGUGUGGUGGAAUCAUUGAGAAUGCAUCUGGCAAGAAAUUUCAGGAGAUUCUUGAAGAAGCAAUAGUUCGUCCCCUCCAUAUUGAAGGGGAGCUAUAUGUAGGGAUUCCGCCAGGUGUGGAAUCACGUCUUGCAGCUUUGACUGUAGAUACAGCUGAUUUAAGCAACCUCUCAGCACUCAGUAAUCGUUCUGACCUUCCCUCUACCUUCCAACCACAGCAAAUUGCUCAAAUGGCAACCACUUUACCAGUUGUUUUCAAUACUCUGAAUGUUCGCCGUGCGAUCAUACCAGCAGCCAAUGGACAUUUAUCUGCCCGGGCACUUGCACGUUAUUAUGCAGCCCUAGCUGAUGGUGGCAAGAUACCACCACCUCAUUCUUCUGCUUCUAAGCCAGUACUUGGAAGCCAUCCUCAUAUCCCCAAAUUAUCUUCUUCCGGGAAAGCCCCCAAAAAGCGAAAAUGCAUUGGACGGAAGAAAUCAGGUAGUACUACAGCAAAUUAUGAAAAGGUUUCUAGUUUUGAUGAUUUGGAGGCUGAUGAGCGCAGCAAUGCUAACAGAGAAAGUAACAGUAGUGAUGAUACAAGUAGUGGCGGAAUCGAUAAGAAUCUGAGAACCCAUGCUUCUGAUAAUGUCUACAGGAAUCCUAGGAUUAUAGAUGAAUUCUUGGGUACAGGAGACUACAAGAAUUUAGCUUUGCCAAAUGGAGGUUUUGGCUUAGGAUUUAAGAGGUUUACUUCUAAGGAUGGAUCAUCAAUUGCCUUUGGUCACUCGGGAAUGGGUGGGUCCACAGGGUUUUGUGAUGUCACCAAUAAGUUCUCUAUUGCUGUGACACUGAACAAAAUGUCCUUUGGAGGUGUCAGCGCAAAAAUUGUCCAUCUUGUAUGUUCAGAGUUAAAUAUUCCUGUUCCGGAUGAUUUCCUGAGAUUUGCGGUAGAGCAUAGGGGAGAGGAUGGCCAAUCACAUAUGGGGAGGCCCAUCAUUAAUUAA